AUGUCGGCUUUUACAACCGCCGCCCUACAGAUGGCCGCAGAACUUGUUGAUCGCGAACAAGCAGGGCAGCAGCAGAUUUGGCCCCUUCAACGCAUCGCCCCUUACCCCAUAGACAACAGGAACUUCUGCACAGACUACCCUGGAACCUUCCUAGAAUUGCCUUCAGACCAACAACCUAAUGCAGACAAUCAAUCUCACCUUCGUACCAGGUUGCAAGUACCCACCCUGCAACAAAACGCACAUCCCCAGUUCCACCACUACAGCCCCCCAAUACCUCUCUAA